UCUUGCUCCUGGUGCAGCUGCUGCUUUACACCAGUGUCACGAGGAAACUGUGGAAGACAUAUUGCGGAAAACAAAAAGCCAGACGUCUACACGAAUAAGCACUGGGGAACGUGUUUCUCCCCUGGCCUCCAAUGGCCUCCCUGCCAGCUUCCGUAGCCCAGGCAUGACUGUGACCCCCCCCCCCCCAAAAAAAAUCCAGUCCUCAGCCUGCUUCCUCUUCUUACAACAAUACGAGUCCCAGCACAGAUGGAUGACGUGGAUGGCCUGCGGUUGAAGCUCUCCUCUGAGGACUCUGUGUCACUGGCUUCCUCCUUGACUGAGCCCAUCAACCUAGAAGAUUCCCAUUAUGCUCGGCUGCGAGGUGAGCUUGAGUCCGAUGCCCAGAACCUGGAGGCGGAGUCCUGGAAUGUGGCUGUGGAGCAGAACUACCUGAAGACCCUGAACAAAGAGGCUGUUAAAAGACAAGAUGUCAUCUACGAGUUGAUCCAGACGGAGAUGCACCAUGUACGCACCUUGAAAAUCCUUCUCCAUGUCUACAUGCAUGAGUUGAGGCAAUCUCAGCUGAUCGAAGAAGGCAGGCUGGAGCGGCUCUUCCCCAGGGUGGAAACUCUCCUCACCUUCCACCAGCACUUCCUCAACUGCCUCAAAGCACGCCAAAACCAGAGUCAGGAGGAAGGCUGCCCAAACAACUACCAGAUAACACAGCUGGGAGAUAUCCUCAUCUCUCAGUUUUCAGAUGCACUGGGAGAAGGAAUGAUGGAGUGUUACAGUGUUUUCUGUCGGCAUCACAAUGAAGCCAUCAGCUUCUACAAGGAGCAGCUGCAGAGCAACAAGAAGCUGCAGAUUCUUAUGAGGAAAUUGGGUCAGCUGCCUCUAGUGCGAAGGUUGGGAAUCCCUGAAUGUUUUCUGUUGGUGACUCAACGCAUCACAAAAUAUCCUGUCCUAGUGGAACGAAUCAUCCAGAACACUGAAGCUGACACAGACGAGUACAAGGCUCUGGUUCAGGGUUUGGAGCGGAUCAAAGACACCAUUUCCGAGGUGAAUGAUCAGGUCAGUGAAUAUGAAAAAUUUGUUCGUCUGAGAGAGAUCGGCCUGCGUUUGGAGCCAAAAUCUCAGGGCCGGCAGAAGGACGGCCAGCUGUUCCGCAGAGAGGAUCUAAUCCAGGGAAACAGGACGCUGCUGCACGAAGGCGCCGUCACCUGGAAGUCCUCCGGUAGACAGAAAGACAUCCAUGCUGUGCUGCUGUCAGAUGUGCUCCUCCUCUUACAAGAGAAGGAUCAGAAGCUUGUAUUUGCUGCUGUGGACAACAAACCACCAGUGAUCCCCCUUCAAAGGCUGAUAGUUAGAGAAGUAGCCCAUGAAGACAAAGCCAUGUUCCUUAUCUGUGCCUGCACCACCAGCUUGCCGGAGAUGUACGAGAUCCACACAGGCUCCAGAGAGGAACGCAUCACCUGGACGGCCCUCAUACGAGAAGCUGUGGAACACUAUCCUCAAAAGGAGCUGCAGCGCGAACUGAUUGCUAAACUGCAGCAUUGUCAAGAUGCUCUUAAGGAGAGGGAUGACCAGAUAAUACAAAGUCUGACAGAGAAGCAGCAGAUCUUUGCUGCUCUCUACGAGAACGCGAUGGAGCAGGAGACACCCCACAAAGGGCUGCUGCUCCGAGGAGAUGCUACUGACCUCCAGCAGGGGGGGGCGCUGCUCAAAGGAGCCAUAGAUGAGGUGGAAAACCUGCUGAACCUGCUCUUGUCAAAGAUAAGAGACCCAGACCUUGUAAUGGAUGACAGUAAGAUGCAGGGGGAGCUGCUCAGGCGGGCCGAGACCUUUGGAGCGGGUGACAGUGACUCCUAUGAAAACACCAUGAAAAAUGGACAUGUAGCUGAGAGGCCAGGUAGCAGCGAGGGCAGUCAAGUGCACCUCAGCCACACCACAGAAAUAAACUGUCCUGAAGGCCUGGAACAGUCUGCUGAUGACGAGACACUCCCAGUGCCAAACUGCAGUUCAGCCUCCAGUCAUCUCCCUGAGACAGAGGUGUAUAACAAGGUGAUGAUGCUCAUAAGGAUGCUCUACAGCUUAAAGGCAGUCAUCGCCCAGCAGGACAGCCAGAUUGAACUGCAGCGCGCUUUUCAAACAGCCAGCCAGCAGCCUGCUCGUCAUUACAGCAAUGUGCUGCUUGAGCAGGAGAAGCAGCGCAACCUAGAGAAGCAGAAGGCCGAACUCGCCAACUUGCACAAGCUACAGGCUCAGCAUCAAGAAGCACAGCAGCGCUGGGAGAAGGAGAGGGAGCGGCAGAGGAUACAGAUUGAGACUCUGGAGGCUCAAGUGCAACAGAGGGAGGAGGACUGCAGGAAAUGGGAGGAGAAGCUGAACGGGGAGAAGGCCGAGCUGGAGACGCAGCGGGAAAACUACCAGCAGGACCUGGAGAGGCUUAGGGAGUCCACAAAAUCAGUGGAAAAGGAGCAGGAGCGAAACGCACAGGAGAGGGAGCGUUUGGAGAAGUUAAAGUCAAAGUACAUCCCAAACCCAGGACACUCCAACUAUGAUGAUCCUGCACAAAGCUGGAAUCUCUCCAGUUACCCAUCAUUCAGGGGAAGCAUAGUGAAUGGAUUUGGGAAUCAGACCUUAACUCCAAAGCCCAUCACCUCCAAUCUCAUGGAAAUUCCUCCAAAAGUUCCACCACGCAAGGAGAGCAUCAGCCCCCAGCCUGCCAAACCCGAGCUGCCCGUCCACCUGAUCAGCACCACCAACCAGGUGCACAAACCUCCUGCCGUGCAUCAGAAGAUCCCCACCAAGCUGGCUACUCUGCCCAAGGGAAAGGAGAAGGCCUUAAAGAUGAAGGGGUCCCACCAGAGGACGCACAGUGCAGCCUCUAUAGAUGUGAACCAGGUGCUGCCCAUCCGAGUGACGGGGAAAGAAGGCGGUAGUCUGAGAGCCAAGAGGAACGGCAGCCCUCAAAGGAUCUACCAUUCAGAUAUGUUCAAACUGCCAGGAUCUGUCCACAGUGUGAAAAUGUCUCAGUCCUUCAGCACACACAAGAGGAGCAGCAACGAGGCUCCUCCACCAGCACCACCUCCAUUCCCCAAAGAUGUUCUGGAAAUGGGCAAAGAGAAGGUAAUCUUCCUUUAGUCAUAAACUACAGACUGGAGUUUGGACGAGGCCUCUUUCUGCAUAAAGACUUAAACACAUGGAAAGACUGACAGAGCUGUGAAGAGACACUGCACAUUACUUCAUGACGUCCAGGUGUAUCCAGUGUGAAGACCGGUCACUGUUAUAGUUCUCUAUCACAGGAAGCAAGCUGUUGAAACCAGCUGAACUUGGGGGGAAAAAAAGGCAAAGUGAUGGACGUGUUUAUAAGAAAAAAAUGUAAAAAAGCUAGACCCAGUUGUACAUUUGGGAAAGAUAAUAUUUUAACUUUUUAAAAUGUUGCUAAAACUUUGUUGCCCAAAGCUUUUUCCCUAAAGAGUUCUUUUAUCAUUUUUAUUUUAAAUGAAAGUAGGUUGUCUGUAACCAUUUAGCACUCAUGUUUUAACUUGUACGCUUUCUUUUUAAUUUAAGGAAUGAGUAAUGCAUUGUGAGGAAGCUAUAGAUUUGACAAGUUUACAUCUGUUUAGAUAUGAAAGUGCAAAGCACAUAAUUUUGUUUUAGAAUGAAUCAGAUCAUUUUGAAAAUUGUACUGACCUGCUCCUCAGUAUCUGUUCUAAUCAAGAGGUAAAUUAAAAGGGUUCGUAGAAAGGCUGGACACAGGGACAGUCCACGACACAGUAUCAGCAGGACUGUUUGUUUACAGCUGCUGAAACAUUUGAGAAUGUAACAGAAUGGUUUCUGAGUGACAUUCCCUGUUCAAUAAUCUCCUGAUAUAAUUUAACUUUUAACAUAAUGUUGAUGAUUUUCUCUGCUAGAGACACAUUGACAGUCGUCACCUCUUGGAUCCAUGUAAAAUAUCUUCCAAACCCCAACUAAUGGGUCAUGGAAUAAAAAGAUGGUUGACUUUA